CCGCUGGGGAGUCCCGGAUCCGCAAGCCAGAGCCUCACGUCCGCCAGCUCAGCCGGGGGCGGUGCGAUUGCGGAGGGGGUGCGGGGAGGUGGCUGUGCGGCUCCCGCAGCCAAACCGCCCAGGAGGCGAGGAGCACCGGCGGAGGACGGCCGGGGGGACACGAACUGAAGGCGUGGGGGCCACUUGUAUGGAGGCUGCGGGCUUCGUGGGCAGCCGCCAUGUUCAACCAGCAGCAGCUGCAGCUCCAACAGCAGCAAUUACUGCAGCUCCAGCAGCUGCUCCAGCAGCCGCCGCCAGUGGCCCCGCUGCCCGUGGCCGUCGGCCGGGGGCUCCCGCAGCAGCCUCAGCAGCAGCUCCUGAAUCUCCAGGGCGCUCCCUCGGCCUCCCUCCUCAGCGGCUCCGUGCUCCAAAGAGCUUUGCUCUUGCAGCAGCUGCAAGGACUGGACCAGUUUGCAAUGCCGCCAGCCACGUAUGACAGUACCGGUCUCACCAUGCCCACGGCAACACUGGGUAACCUCCGUGGCUACAACCUGGCAACCCCGAACCUGACAGCUCCAAGCCUCACACCCCCACAGCUGGCCACCCCGAAUCUACAGCAGUUCUUUCCUCAGGCCACUCGCCAGUCCCUGCUGGGCCCCCCUCCUUUUGGGGUCCCCAUAAGCCCCUCCCAGCUCAACCAUUCAGGGCGGACUCCCCAGAAACAGGGCCGGACCCCGUCCUCCACCACCCCCAACCGCAAGGAUUCUUCUUCUCAGACGAUGCCUGUGGAAAACAAGUCAGACCCCCCAGAGGGGUCUGAGGAAGCUGCAGAGCCCCGAACAGACACCCCAGAAGACGAGGGUACCCCCCCAUGCACAGAUGACAUCAUGGAGAAACGCACUUCAGCACCUGAGCCUGAGUCUUGUGAAGCAUCUGCACCACCAGCUAAGAGGUCAAAGAGCUCAGAGGAUCCCACAGAGAAGGGGCCCACAGGGAAACUGCAGGCGAAGGUACAGCCACAGGCCCCGAUGACAGCACUGAAACAGACGCAGACACCUGAGCUGCUGCCGGAGCCCCUGGAAGUCCAAGUGCUUCCACGGUUCCAGCCACAGGUUCUGCAAAUCCAGGCCCAAGUGCAGCCACAGACUCAGCACCAGAUGCUGCCAGUGGACUCCCAGGUGCAGCCAAAGCUGCAGAAACAGGCCCAGACACAGACCUCUCCAGAGCACUUAGUGUCACGGCGAGUGCCGGUGCCGCUGCAGGAGGCAGAGCCUCAGUUGCAGGUGCAGCCAUGGGCUCAUUUGCAGCCCCUGAGGCAGGUGCCCCCGCAGCUGCAGAAGCAGGCACAGACACAGACAUGUCCACAGGUCCAGGCAGAAGCAGAGCCAAGAGUCCAGCCACGGGAGCAGCCACCAGAGCCACUUCCAGCACAGUUGCCGGUGCAGCCACUGGUCCAGAACCAGGGGCGGCCUCAGACCCAGGUGUUGGUGCCAGUGUCGGAGCAAGCACCACUUCUGGUUCAUCCCAUGGUGCUGGAAACACUGCCUGGUACGGUAGAAGCCAGAGCAGGCCUGGAGGAGGCCUUGCCGGAGCCUGGGGGCACCCAGGUCAGCAUGGAGGAGAGCCAGGCGGAGUUGACCAGUGGCCUGGAUAUGGGAGAAUGUGAAAAAAGAGCAAGAGAGAUGUUCGGGGUGUGGGGUGCCCGGAGCUCCCUGAAGGUCACCAUCCUGCAGAGCAGUGACAGCCGGGCCUUUAGCACUGCACCCUGCUCUGGCGACUCUCCCUCUGCCUCUGCCGUGGCCAGCGUGCCCCCCAGGCAGGCCUUCCAGUUCUUCUGCUACAUCUGCAGGGCCAGCUGCAGCAGCCAGCAGGAGUUCCAGGACCACAUGUCAGGGGCCCAGCACCAGCAGCGGCUCGGGGAGAUCCAGCACAUGAGCCCAGCCUGCCUCCUGUCCCUGCUGCCUGUGCCCCGAGAUGUCCUGGAGAGAGAGAGCGAAGAGCCUCCACUGAGGCGCUGGUGCAACACCUGCCAGGUCUACUACAUGGGGGACCUGAUCCAGCAUCGCAGAACGCAGGACCACAAGAUCGCCAAACAAUCCCUGCGACCUUUCUGCACUGUUUGCAACCGCUACUUCAAGACCCCCCGCAAGUUUGUGGAACAUGUGAAGUCCCAGGGGCACAAGGACAAAGCCAAGGAGCUCAAGAUGCUUGAGAAAGAGCUAGCCGGCCAAGAUGAGGACCACUUCAUCACGGUGGACGCCGUGGGCUGCUUCGAGGGUGAUGAAGAAGAGGAGGAGGAGGAGGAGGAUGAAGAAGAAGAGAUCGAGGUCGAGGAGGAAUUCUGCAAGCAGGUGAGGUCCAAAGAUAUAUCCAUACAGGAGUGGAAAGGCCCAGAGAGCUACUGUCCCAACACUGCAUACGGCAUGGACUUCGUGGUGCCCGUGAUGGGCUACAUCUGCCGCAUCUGCCACAAGUUCUACCACAGCAACUCAGGGGCACAGCUUUCCCACUGCAAGUCCUUGGCCCACUUUGAGAAGCUGCAGAAAUACAAGAAGGCCAAGAACCCCAGCCCGUCCACCAGGCCCCUGAGCCGCAGGUGUGCGAUCAACGCCCGGAAUGCCCUGACUGCUCUGUUCACCUCUGGCGGCCGCCCACCCACCCAGCCCAGUACCCAGGUCACAGCCAAAACCCCCAGCAAGGCGACAGCUCAGCCUCCCCAGCCUCCACCACCCCGGCGCUCAACCCGCCUCAAAACCUGAGAGGGAGCUCCCCAUGCCCACCCCAUCUGAUCCAGAUCUGCUAUGCUUUUUAGGAUUCUGUAUGGAAACUUUGAUGUGGCUGGUGUUUUUACUGAAAAAUCCAAUAAAAGAAGGUAGUUUGA